AUGUGACAAAAAGUUAUUGGCAAUUCAUCAGAAUUCAGAAUAGGAAAAUCUGAAGUCGAGAGAGAACAAUCGUUAUUUUGAUUCUCAUUUAUCAUAGUGUAUGUCUAUAAAGCCGAAAGUGUAAGUGAGAACCUAGCAGGUGGGGUGGUUAAACGAGAUCCCUGUUGCUUAGAGGAAAAGAUUGAAGAAAAGCUGAUUCCCUUCCAUCCCUUCCUUUUUAAUUCUUCGCCUUUCUUUCCACUCGCAGUGCUAGAAGAACAUUCUUAAUUGAUUUGGUGGUCCUUUGUGUUUCGUAUUUGUGGUGGUGUCAUUCAAUUUCUUUUUAUCGCACAGCAACGUACAGAAAAAGGGAGAUUGUGGAACGGACAUAGUUGGAGGAAUCACCAUAUUCCGACUUCUUCUUUAUUUAAUCUCCUUUUCAUUUUUUGAAUUUUGAUGGGUGAAAUGGAGUGAUUCCCUUUGGUGGUCGCCUUCGAAUUUUUAGCUUUUCGUUCCUUUUAUAGGCGGAGACGUAGGGGAAGGGUUGGCUCCCUACGCUUCUGCCUCAAACAACCCUAGCAACUUCCUCGCAUAUCUCGUUUCCCAACUUGAGCUGAAAUUUGCUAGGGGGUAACUUUUCAAAUGGGAAAUUAUGGUUACAUAUUGAAUUAGGUAACGUUUCAAACAGUGCUUCACUGUGCAACUGCAAUGGAAUUUAACAUAAUGAUACAGGGUACGGGAAGAAUGGAGAGAAUUUCUACCUGCAACAGUUUUGAUAACAAAACCAAGAAUCUCUUUGUGCUCCACCUCAUUUGAUCUAGAACCAGUUUCUGUACAAAAUUUCAGCAACUCAAUAUGGGUAACCUGAAUGAUAGUUAUGAUGAAACUGUUCAGGGGACAGAUCCUGGUGCAACAUUGCAGAAUGGAAGAGAGAUUCUUUUCCAGGCUUUUAACUGGGAGUCUCAUAAAUAUGAUUGGUGGAGAAACUUGGAAAGAAAGGUCCCUGAUAUUGCAAAAUCUGGUUUUACAUCAGCAUGGUUGCCACCAUCAACUAAUUCCUUCUCUCCAGAAGGUUACCUACCACAGAACCUCUAUUCUCUCAACUCUAAAUAUGGAUCUGAGCAACUACUAAAAGCUUUGCUUCAAAAGAUGAAGCAAUACAAAGUUAGAGCGAUGGCUGACAUAGUUAUUAAUCAUCGUGUUGGCACUACAACGGGUCAUGGAGGGAUGUAUAACCGUUAUGAUGGCAUUCCAUUACCAUGGGACGAACGUGCUGUCACAUCUUGUACGGGUGGAUUGGGUAACCGUAGCACUGGGGACAACUUCCAUGGAGUUCCAAACAUAGAUCAUAGCCAACAUUUUGUUCGAAAAGAUAUUAUUGGGUGGCUGAAGUGGCUUCGCUAUAAUGUUGGCUUCCAUGAUUUCCGUUUCGAUUUUGCAAGAGGCUAUGCAGCAAAAUAUGUGAAAGAAUACAUUGAGGGAGCAAAGCCAAUAUUUUCUGUAGGGGAGUAUUGGGAUUCUUGCAAUUAUAGCCCCCCUAGUUAUCGACUGGACUACAACCAAGAUAGUCAUCGACAGAGGAUUAUCAAUUGGAUUGAUAACACAGGAGGGCUUUCGGCGGCAUUUGAUUUCACAACAAAAGGCAUUCUUCAGGAAGCUGUCAAAGGAGAACUAUGGCGUUUGCGUGACCCUCAAGGGAAGCCACCAGGCGUGAUGGGAUGGUGGCCAUCAAGGGCUGUCACAUUCAUUGAUAACCAUGACACAGGAUCAACACAGGCUCAUUGGCCUUUUCCUGCUAGUCAUAUCAUGGAGGGCUAUGCAUACAUACUGACACAUCCAGGAAUACCUGCUGUAUUUUAUGACCAUUUUUAUGAUUGGGGUGACUCCACUCAUGACCAAAUUGCGAAGCUGAUGGACAUUAGAAAACGUCAAGACAUUCACAGCCGAUCUUCAAUCAGGAUAUUUGAGGCCCAGCCUAAUCUCUACUCUGCAAUCAUAGGGGAGAAAUUGUGCAUGAAAAUUGGAGAUGGGUCGUGGUGCCCAGCUGGCAGAGAGUGGACACUUGCCACCUGUGGCCACAAGUAUGCAGUCUGGAGCAAAUAGUGGUCCUAUCCCAGAAGCUAGUGAUAUUGAUAAUAGUGCAUGAAUAAACUUGUUCAUCCAUAAAUAAAUAAAUAAAGGAAGUAGUUGUACUUCCAGUCUUCUAUAUUUUUUGUCUUUUAAACUAUUAUUAGAAAAAAAAAUGUAUCAUAUGAUCAAUAAUAUAGUUAAAGCGUCCAUUGUGUUUUUA